GCGAGACACAAAGGACUGUCUCAGGUCCACGGUCCACAGUCCACGAUCCACAAUCCACAAUUGCAAGGAUAUGUUGCCUGUGAGAGCUGCAGCGAAAACAAAAGGAAUUAGGGCAGAAGAUGUGAAGGGACUCUUACCCCUGAUGAUCCUAAUGGUGAUCAUUUUCCUGCUGCUUCUGUUCUGGGAGAACGAGCUGCAUGAGGAAAGAGAGGUGCCAACCCUGGAGCACUUGCACGUGGACUACCCUCAGAGUGACAUUCCUGUAAGGUACUGCAACCGGAUGGUCUUACAAAGAGUCAUCAGGGGACCUGACAACGCCUGCAAGAAGGAGCACGUUUUCGUCCAUGAGAGGCCUCGAGAGAUCAACAGGGUGUGCACCUCUCCCAAGAAGAGGGUUUGUCAGAACCAUUCUUCCAUCUUAUGUUUCCAGAGUGUGACAAAGUUCAAAAUGACAGCCUGUCAGCUCAUCGAAGGCACCAGAUAUCCCGCCUGCAGGUACCACAUAUCCCCCAUAGUGGGGUUCGCUGUUGUCACUUGUGAUCACAUGGGGCCAGUGACUCUGCAGAGGUAUGUUGAGUAAGUGGAGACCAGUGCCUGAGACCAUCUCUUCCCUCUCUCAGGGAUGCUAGCCCUCACCGAGGCGCACCUGAACCAUGGGCCUGGGUAGUGCCUUGAGUAAACUGCGUAGCCACUGGGGAGGAAUCCAUUUAUCCUCCCAGUAUUGCUGA